AAAUAAAAAAAAUAAAUAAAAAAAUAGAAAAAGGAUAAAAUCACAAACCCCAAAAACACUUUCUCCCUCGUAUAAAUAGCAGAAUUUUAGGCUUUCUGCUAUCUGGUUUUGAGUUUAUUCAUUCUCUCUCACACACUGCACACACUUACACACAUAGUAGUAGUAGUAGAGAGAGAAAGAGGGAUGUGGGGAUGGCAAUCAUCAACACAUAAUAAAAACAAAGAAAACAUGCAAAUGGAUACAAAUUAAAUGAAGGGUUCUUAGAGUGUGUGAGAGAGAGGUGUGUGUGUGUGUGUUUUUCCUCUCUAUACUAUGUGCAGCAAAUGAAUCUGAAAUGAGGUGUUGUUCAUCCCUCAAAAUUCUCCUCUUUUUUCUCUCUAUAUCUGCCAUCUAAUUCUCUCUCCUCUUUCUCUCUCUCUUUCUUAAUUUUUAUUUUAAUUUUAAUUUUAAUUUUUAUUUUGAAAUUUAGCAUCCCAUCAGCUUACACCUCUCUGUCUCUACAACAUACAAUUUCACCAUACUCUCUUCUUUCUCUCUCUCUCUUCCUUCUUUCAUUUCUCUCUCUUCCUUCUCUCUUUUCUCUCUCUACCUGAACAAGUGGAUCUAUUCUUGAUGUCAUUUUCUUUUCUCACUCAUCGCACAAUAGGGUUUCAUGAAUUUUUUUCGCCUUUGUAAUUGUAUAAUUUGUAUACACCAGAACAAGAUUUAAUUUAAUUUGUUUUUGUUUUUUGGGUUUUCAAAAAGUUUCAAUUUUGAUGAUUCUGUGUGAUGUGUAGCCUUCAACAAAAAUUCAGCUGAAUCACUAUUUUUUUUUUUCUUUUUUUCUUGUUUUCGAGUGUAAUUUGAGCCCAGAUUUGCAUUUUUCAGACUCUAUUUCCAUAUAUUAUCCGGGAACUAAUAUAUUUUUGUAUUAAUUCCGAACCGAAGUAUUCUGUUUCGCAUUGAAUGUGCAUGAGAUAAUCUCAGUUAAGAUGUAAUUUCUUUUUUCACAUGCUUCUUGUGAUUAAAUUCGAUUUUUUGUUCAUUUACUCAUUAUGGAUAUUCAGAUCUUAAACUCGACUUGAGUGACAAAUGUUUGUUAAUGAUGACACUGCAAUGUUUAGUAUUUUAUUGAUGAUCUAUGCUGAAAUUUUCAUUUGCUUCUAGGUUCUCAGUCGAUGAAUGCGCUUUUUCUGAUUUUUUUCUUUAAAAAUAUGUGUUUUCGUAUUUUUGAUGAAUUAUAGCUAAUUCUUUUCCGCAACUCACAAUUAAAAAAAUAGUCUUUUUAUGGAAAAAUGUUCGUCACACCUAAUUACCUUUUAGUGUGUUUGCUGAAUAAUCGAAGGUUUUGGUUUUGCAUGCAUGCAAAUUAUAUUCUUGUUUUCCGUGCUGCGGUAGUAAAGUAUUCGUUUUUCGUUUUAGAUAAUUGUCCGUCAGCCCAGUUUAAUGUAGAAUUAGCGGGGAAUUUGACAAUAUACGUUAGUUGAAAGUAUGGUUUUUUAUCUAUCUAGUCGAGUGGUCAUGAUGUUUUCUUAACUCUCAUAAUUGAUCACUCAAGUAUUGGUUGUUGAGGACGAGAUUCUAAAAAUCCACAUUCAGAUUCCUCCAUUUCUUUCCUUUCUGAAUUGUAAAUUAGGAAAUGAGUAUGACAAGUGAAAGUGACGAAAGGAUGAUACCAAUCAACGGUGCAGAUUCACCGUCCACCGACGAUGCCAACAGUGGAGGCGACGGUGGUUUGAACGGUCCACUGAAAAAGGGUCCUUGGACUUCUGCAGAAGACGCAAUUUUAGUCCAAUACGUAAAUAAAAAUGGAGAAGGGAACUGGAAUGCAGUUCAGAAACACUCUGGACUUGCUCGAUGUGGAAAAAGCUGCCGCCUUAGGUGGGCCAAUCACCUUCGACCGGAUCUUAAAAAAGGCGCAUUCACAGCUGAGGAGGAGCGCCGAAUUAUCGAACUUCACGCCAAAAUGGGAAAUAAGUGGGCCCGCAUGGCUGCUGAGUUGCCUGGCCGCACGGACAACGAGAUCAAGAACUAUUGGAACACAAGAAUCAAACGAAGGCAAAGAGCGGGCCUACCAAUCUACCCGCCCGACAUUUGUCUACAAGCACUAAACGAGGGCUCACAACAAAACGAAGACACAAUCAACACUUUCUCACCAAACGACGUGCACCGUCCCGACUUCAUCCAAAUCAGCACCCUUGAUGUCCCGAGCCUCGAAUUCAAAGGCUUGGAAAUCAACCAACCGCUCUACCCUCUCGAUAUUCCCUCAAACACCCUCCUCGAUAUUUCCACAAAUACCCUUCUCUCACAAGGCCUCCACCCCCACCCCCACCCCCACAACCACCCCUUCUACCUCCACCCCCCCUCGAAGCGCCUACGUAGCGGCGCGCCUGAGUCGAUGUUCCCUUGUAUAAACAUUGUUCCUCCUAUCGGUAUGAGCCAAUACCAAAGCAACGAUGGUUUAUUACUCUCUUGCCCUUCUUCUGACCCCUCUGCUUGGGCUAUGAAGAUGGAGCUCCCUUCACUCCAAACUCAAAUGCGUAAUACUACUGCAAAUACUAAUUGGGGGGGCCCACCCCCCUCGCCAGCUAAUAAUCCUUUCUUCGAGCCGGCGGAUGUUUUGAUGCAAUCGCCUCCCCCGAAUGAAGGUGCACAGUUGUGUAAUCUCUCGCCACAAAACAGUGGCCUGUUGAAUGAAGUUCUGUAUGAAUCCGGAGCUUUGAAUAACUCGAAAACGAGCUAUAGCUUUCCGCAGCCAGAUUCUUAUAUUGACAUUGACAGUUCGAAUGCAAAUGUUUUGUGUGACGCGGAAUGGGAACCGUACGGUGAAAGGCUAUCUCCGUUAGUUCAUUCGCUCGAUGAUCCACAUUCUGACGAGACAAAGCAGCCAGUCAAAGACGAAGAUGACUACCUCAAUCCAAUGCAAUAUAAUGACAAAUUCGAAACGAACCCGACGAUAUUCUCCAAGCCGGAUUUCAUGUAUCCCUCCACCUCGUUUGAUGGUCCGGUAAAACAACACCCUAUGAACGACAAUUACUUGUUGAAAGAUGUGAUAGGAACAUUUCUUGGGGAUGAUUUUAGAGACUGCAAGAAAAUGGACACAGGUGCCACGUCAUCAUCUCAAGGACACUGUCACGAUUCUUGCGCUUGGAAUGUCAUGCGUACUAUUUGAGUCCUUCAUUUGCAAAAUGACAGACUUUUCAAAAGGAUGCUUUGUAGACGAUCUUUUAUAUAUUUCAUGAUGUGAACUCAACAUAUACUCUCGGUUGUAACGACUUUUAAUCAUUUUGGGUAUGAAAUUUGGAAUUGUUAUGUCAUGUCCGGUUGGGAUGUCUUCUUGUAACAACGAUAUUUUGCAUGACAAUUUUGUUGUCUAAGUUAAUGAACAAAUAUUUUGUAUUAUUGCAACUGGAUGUCAUUUGCUUAAUGAAUUUACUGUUUAAUU